AUGGUUAAUAUUCCUAAAAAUAGAAGGACACACUGCAAAAAAUGUAAGAAGCACACAGAGCAUAAAGUCUCGCAGUAUAAGGCUUCCAGAGAACGCAAAGUUGCAGUUGGUCGACGCCGGUAUGACAGAAAGAACUCCGGGUACAAAGGUCAAACAAGACCCAUAUUACGAAAAAAGGCUAAAACAACAAAGAAGAUUGUCCUAAAGUUGGAAUGUCGAGACUGCGGGAUCAAAAAACAGCUGCACAUAAAAAGAUGUAAGCAGCUAAAGCUUGGGGGAGAGCUAAAGAGAAAGGGCGAAGUGCUGUCAUUUUAA